AUGUACGAUUAAUCCUAACAGAAAAUAAACUCAAGACAGUCGAUUUUACUUAUGUUUUCUGAACGCCAUAAACCAAGAAAUGCUUCUUUAGCAAUAUAAUAAGAAAAAUAUAGUAAAAAUUAAGUGCUACUCUAUAAAAAAGAAACCAAAUCUCGAUAUUUAACACCAAAAAAAUAAAAUAGAUCCUUUUAGGAUAGAAUAUUAGAUCUUCCAAUAAUAUCUUCCAGUCGAAAAAAUCAACUUUAUGUUACCUAAAUAUUCACUAGAAUAGAUGGACAAUAAAAAAAUCACAACAUCUAUAAUAGGGAAUUAAAAUUUGAUUCCCUAUUGUGUGGUACUUUAAGAUAAUUCAGUUUAACUAAAGAAUAAAAACUAUUUAAUAAAUCAUUUAGUGUAGAAGAAUAAUAAGAAAUGAUUGAGACAUUUAAAUAAUAGCCUCCAAUUUAGGUUAAAAAAAAGAAAGGACAAAGAUAAAGAAAUUGUAAUUGA